CAGAAUUUACGCGCAUAACACUGGUAGGGACGACAUUUUGUCCUAGAGAAGUCGGUACCGAAACCUCUGUAGGUCGAAUUUGCUCCGCAGCGCUGCAAAAUGCUUGCCCUAUUCGCCCGGUCGGCCGCGAGCGCGGUAAAAUCUGCAAUCAUCCCCAAGAAUAUGAUCCUGCCGGCCGCGUCUUCGGCGAGGAACAUGUCCAAGCACUCCACGGAAACGGAGGAAGAGUUCGACGCCCGCUACGAGGCCUACUUCAACCGCAAGGACAUAGACAGCUGGGAGAUCCGAAAGGCCAUGAACGACCUCCAGGGAAUGGACGUGGUGCCGGAGCCCAAGAUAGUCGUCGCUGCCCUCAAGGCCUGUCGCCGACUAAACGAUUAUGCGCUUGCCGUCAGGUUCCUCGAGGCCAUUCAGCACAAGUGUGGGGCCAAGGUGAAGGAGAUCUACCCGUACAUCCUCCAGGAAGUGCGCCCCACGCUCACCGAGCUCGGCAUCAGCACGCCAGAGGAGAUGGGCUACGACAAGCCGGAGUUCUACAUGCCCCUGGACUACGAAUACUAAGGGGUUGCCAGAAGAGGAACUGCGUGCACGCUUUGCUAGGUUACGACCCUAUUGUAUUGUAUAGACAAAUAAAAAGCUUACAGUGGUCGCUUUU